CCUACAUAUUGGAGAACCCUAAUGUUAUCCUCUUCUCUCUUUGUAUAUAUUCAUUCAUUCAUUCAUUCCUCCAUCAUCAUCAUCUCCUCAAGUUGACUUCUUUUCGAAUCUAUCUCCACAGAUGGAUGAUGAAUAUGAAAAGCUAAUCAGGCGGAUGAAUCCUCCCAGAGUUUCAUUUGACAACGAUUCUUGCAAAGAUGCAACUGUAAUUCAGGUUGACAGCGUAAACAAACAUGGAAUUCUCUUGGAAGUUGUUCAAGUUUUAACUGAUUUGAAUCUCGUCAUUACAAAAGCAUAUAUUUCAUCUGAUGGAGGAUGGUUCAUGGAUGUAUUUCAUGUAGUUGAUCAAGAAGUGAACAAGGUUAGGGAUGAAGAACUGCUCAAUUGCAUCAAGAAGACAUUGGAGAGUGAUUUCUUCUUUCCAUCGCACCCAUUGAAAGGAGGGGGUGGAGGAGGUUGUGUUGGAGUGAUGCCUUCUGAAGAACACACCUCAAUUGAACUAACCGGGACAGACAGGCCUGGUUUGCUUUCAGAAGUAUGCGCGGUUCUUGCAGACCUUCAAUGCAAUGUAGUAAAUGCAGAGAUUUGGACACAUAAUUCCAGGGCUGCGGCUGUUGUUAACGUUACAGAUGGCUCAACAGGUAAUGCAGUUAAAGAUCUUGAAAGGCUAUCGAAAAUAAAGGAGCUUCUCUGUAACAUCCUUAAAGGAAACAACGAUUUCAGAACAGCCAAAACUAUGGUUUCACCUCCUGGAGUCACUCAUAGACAGAGACGGUUACAUCAGAUUAUGUUUGCUGAUCGUGAUUAUGAAAGUAACGGUGUCACCCCAUGUACAAUGGACAUUGAUAAUAAUAAUAACAAGGCCAUGAGACCAAAUGUUGUGGUUACGAAUUGCCAAGAGAAGGAUUACACUGUCAUCACUAUGAGAUCCAAAGAUCGCCCCAAACUUUUGUUUGACAUUCUCUGCACUCUCACCGAUAUGCAAUAUGUUAUUUAUCAUGGCGUAGUCCACACCGGAAGGAUGGAAGCGUUUCAGGAAUACUAUAUCCGGCAUAUCGACGGCUUGCCCAUUAGCAGCGAGGCUGAAAGAGACCGCGUGAUAAAAUGUCUGGAAGCAGCCAUAGAGAGACGAGCCUCCGAGGGAUUAGAGCUUGAGCUAUAUACAGAUGAUCGAGUUGGGCUUCUCUCCGACAUAACCAGGAUAUUCAGAGAAAACAGUUUGAGUAUUAAAAGAGCAGAAAUCUCAACAAAGGGCGGUAAAGCGAUUGAUACUUUCUACGUUUCAGAUGUGACAGGGAAUCAGGUUGAUCCGAAAGCAAUGGACUCGAUUCGACAACAAAUAGGAAAGAGCAUAUUACGCGUGAAGCGAAACUUGAACCAAACCCCACCCGAGACACAAGAGGAGACGUCGAUGGGCUAUAUCUUUGGUAACUUCCUAAGAGGAUGGUCACUCCACAACUUCAAAUUGAUCAGAUCAUACUCUUAGUGAUUUUACCCACCUGUUGUAAAUAUGUAGUAAUUACAUUUACUAAUAUUGUGAGUAAAUACUGUACAGUAUUAGAUUUCCAAAUAUAUAAAUAAUAAAUGAUCUAAUUGGAUA